CAUCUGAUUGAUGGAAACAAAUACGCUUCUUUGUUAAAAGACAAAUAAUAUACUGAAACUAAAAAGGGUCACAAUUGCUUUGAAAUAUUUUAAGUUAUUGUGUUGGCUUUUGUUAGUCAGUGAGAAUUUUGGAAAAAUGUGCGAAAGGUCCUUCUCCCUGGCCGCGUGAGGGGGAAAUAGUCUGAGUUUCAAAGGAUUUGCGGCGGACUGGUACUGUAUGUGCUUUGGCAGAAAUGAUUGACACAGAGAGUAAACAAGCGGGAAGUGACAGCAUCAAGGGGGACUGCAGUGAAAAAAAGAAAGAAAAAGAGAAAAAAAAGAGAUCGAGAGUGAAACAGCUCCUUUCUGAUGUGAAAAAGCAAGUGGAGUUUUGGUUUGGUGAUGUCAAUCUCUACAAAGACAAAUUUUUAAGAGAACUUCUGGAGAAAUCCAGGGAUGGAUACAUAGAUAUUUCUGUGUUAACUUCUUUCAACCGAAUGAAAAAGUUGACAACUGAUGUGAAAUUAAUUGCAAGAGCUCUGAAAAAUUCGCCUGUAGUAGAGGUGAACCUAGAAGGAACUCAAAUCCGAAGACAGCACCCGCUUGGAGAGGACCCUAAAAAUGUAGACCAACGUACAGUAUACGUGAAGCUUGUUCAUCAGAUGAAUAAGACUUUUGAAGAGAAGAAGAAAAAGAAGCGCAAGAAGUCCCGUAGCAGUCGGAAGGACAACACUGCACAGCCACCUGCAGCAUCAAAGGAAACCAAACCUGAUGUCAAGGCAGAGCCUGCAGACAAGAAGAAAAGGCAUCGAGGAGCGUCUGAAUCCGAGACAGACGGCGCCGAGGUCCAGAAAACCUCCGAUAAGAAGAAAAAGUAUCAAGUGGCAUCUGAAUCUGAGGUGGACGGUGCUGAGGUGCAGAAAACCUUGGGUAAAAGAGAGAAGAAAAGGCGCCGAUCCCACAACGCAGAAGCCUCAGGGCUAGACAACCUGGAUGAAAUGCCCUGCAAAAUCAGAAAGGUUUGCGAGGUAGAAGAGGCUUCCCAAGUGAAAACAGAGCCUGAAAUUGCGGACAAAGAUAUGAAAGAUCUGUCUGCAGAGACUGAGAAGGGGGAGAAGAAGGACGAUUCCCUGCUGAAGGCCAAGAGGAAGAGGAAGAAGAAGCAUAAGGAGAGACACAAGAUGGGUGAAGAAGUCAUUCCUCUCCGAGUACUUUCAAAGGAAGACUGGUUAGAGCUAAAACAAGAGUAUAUAACACUGCAGAAAAGUAGCAUGGCCUCUUUGAAGAAGUUAAUGAAUCAAAUUAAAGAGAAGGCUGAUGGUGACAUGGAUGUCGAGUCAAGUCACAGUAAACAGGAUGGCGACAAAAACAGCAAGGACAAUCCGGGUUCAAAGAAAGAUUCUCCCCUUGGUCCCCAGUUUGUGAGUGGAGUCAUUGUCAAAAUCACGCACAGUGAACCUCUGCCGGGAAGGAAAUGUAUUAAGGAUGCUCUAUCAGAGAUCUCGGCGGUGGUAUAUGUGGAUACCCUGGAGGGCGAUGCGGAGGGUCAUGUACGAUUUAAGACUCCAGAAGACGCCAAGGCUGUGAUAGCAGCUCAGUCAGCGAUCCAGAAGAAGCACAACUGGAAACUGGAGAUUCUCUCUGGUGAUCGUGAGCAAAGGUAUUGGCAAAAGAUUUUGGUGGACCGACAAGCAAAACUAAAUCGUCCAAGAGAUAAGAAGCGUGGCACAGAAAAGCUGAUUGCGAAGGCUGAGAAAAUAAUUAAAAGCAGAGCAAAAGAGUCAAGUAAGCACAUACACUUUGCUGAAGACUGAAACGACUCCAAGAAGAUCGGAAUUGUAAUUUUUAUGUAUUUUAUAUAUUUUAUUGAAAAGAUGUAGUGUAAAUUUCUCAAUGUAUUGAUGGAUUACUCAUAGGAUUCCUGUUUUUACUUCAGCUUAUUCAUAGGACACCCAUGUUUUUAUGGCUGAAAUCCCAUGUGGUGUUUCUGCUGAAAUGCAAGCUGAUGUAAAGAGUUAGAGAUUUAGUCCAGAUUCUUUCUGUUACUAAUGAAUUUUAAGAUGAGAUUGUUUUCUUCCUGAGACUAGUGCUGACAAACGAACACUGAGGAAAAUAUUUUUGUUUUUAUUGCUAGGUGACCAAUAAAAAUACAACUGAUAGGGCGGUCUUGAUGUUUGAUGUUGUUUUUAUUCACACCUUUACAAAUGAUCCUACUGAAAGAUGUUUACCUAUGGAUGAAUGCAGCUCAUUAAGUUUCAAUAGACUGGUCGUUAUGUAAUAAAUUACAAACAUGAGCUUAGAUGCUUUGGGUAAUUUGAAUUAUACAGUACAGCCUUGCUAUCAUACACUGCUCAUGGUCUGAGCCUUUUGUGCAUUGUACUAAAUGUUGGUAAGAGCAAAAAAUGUCUUGAUAUGGGAUAACAAGAAAAUAGAGAUCAUGGGUAAAAGCAGAUUUGCUUGCUGCUGAAUGCAUUGGUUUUAUUUGACAGACACCCAGUUUUCUGUCAUUGUUUAAUAAUUUGAAUCCAUGUACAGUAAAAACUUUAUCAAUUUAAUCUGUAUUCUGCUGUAAUUCUUUUCAUUUUCUUUUUCCAAACAUCUAAUGUAUGAUAAUAUGUUAUGCAUUUUUGAAUAUUUGGAUUGUGCCAUAUUUAUAACAGGCUGUUUUUUUAUAUAAUUGGUCAAUAAAUUCACACUUUUGCUCCAACAGAAACUUUUGGU